AUGGCUGGUGCUCUCCAGGAGCUGCAGGCGGUCCACGUGGUUGGAGGUGGUGAGGGAGGAGAGAAUGUAGCAGGUGAUGGUGUCAGAGAGCUUCUGCAAGAGGUGUAUGGCCAGGGUAAGGGGAUGACAGGAGACAGUGGCGGUGUGACUGUGGAGACUACAGAGCUAUUUGAUGAAAGAACGGAGUUGCUUAGUUCUAUCUUGGCCUCUGGCUAUGGGACAGCCACAGCUGAGAGCAUCGUGAGCGGCAAGGUCUCCCGUGACACCCUGUAUGAGGCGGUGUGGGAAGUCCUGCACGGGAACCAGCACAAGUGCCGGAAGUUUUUGGAGACAGUGGAACUUCAGAUCAGCCUGAAGAACUACGACACUCAGAAGGACAAACGCUUCUCGGGCACCGUCAGGCGGAAGUCCACUCCCCGCCCCAAGCUCUCCGCAUGUGUUCUGGGGGACCAGCGGCACUGUGAUGAGGCCAAGGCUGUGGAUAUCCCCCACAUGGACAUCGAGGCUCUGAAGAAGCUCAACAAGAAUAAGAAACUAGUUAAGAAGCUGGCCAAGAAAUACGAUGCCUUUUUGGCUUCAGAGUCUCUGAUCAAGCAGAUCCCAAGAAUCGUGGGCCCAGGUCUGAAUAAGGCUGGCAAGUUCCCUUCCUUGCUGGCCCACAAUGAGAAUGUGGUGGCCAAAGCUGACGAAGUGAAGUCCACAGUCAAGUUCCAGAUGAAGAAGGUGCUGUGUCUGGCAGUGGCUGUUGGCCAUGUGAAAAUGAAUGAUGAGCUUGUGUAUAACAUCCACUUAGCUGUCAAUUUCCUGGUGUCAUUAUUCAAGAAAAAUUGGCAGAAUGUCCGGGCUUUGUACAUUAAGAGCACCAUGGGCAAGUCCCAGCGCCUAUACUAAGGCACAGCUUAAUAAACCAGCUGCCACCAAAAA